GACUUUGACGAACACAGACGGACAGACAGACGGACAGACGAAGAGACAGCUGGAGACCUAUUUCAAAUUGGGAUUUGUGGAACUAUACUUAAGGAGUCAUACAAAUCCUGUCGUAAUAACUGACCAAUUUUCUCAACUAAUUUAAAAAUUUAUUAAUAGAGUAUUCGUAAUUCUAUUAUAAAUGACCCCAUAUCAAGAAAGCACUCGCCAUAAACCUUAACGCUUUGAAAGACAAUCAAUCACGCCUGUCCUCUAUUUCAAAAACUAUAAUCUAAUCUAUAAAUUUUGUUCAUUUUCAGCAUAUAAAUAUUUUAGUUUUCCACAACAGUGUCAUUUCCAGACAAACCAUGACCGUUAUUGCUGGAAAAGUGGCCCUUGUUACUGGAGGAGCUGGCGGAAUUGGUCUAGCAAUGGUUAAAAACCUCGUUCAACAUGGUGCGAAGGGUGUAGCAAUAGUAGACAUUUCUGAGGAAGCAGGAUUCAGAGCUAUAAACGAAAUUGUUAAAAUUUUUGGCGACAAUAAAGCUACUUUUAUAAAAGCAGACGUUACUAAGAAAGUAGAACUCGAAGCGGUUUUCGAAACCACCAUAAAAACCUAUAACCAACUGGACAUUGUGAUUAACAAUGCUGGAAAAGUGGACGAAUUCGACUGGAAAAGUACCGUAGAACUGAAUUUGGUUGCUGUUAUCGAAGGUACUUAUCUCGCUAUGAAAAAGUAUCUUCCAAAGUACAAAUCUGGAGAUGAAGGUCUUAUAGUUAAUACGGCUUCAACUUGUGGUUUCCAUACGUUCCAAGUAGCUCCGAUUUAUUGCACUACGAAACAUGGAUUGAUUGGUUUAGGGAAAGCUUUGGGUGGUGAAGAAUUUUACAAAAAAUAUCAAGUACGUGUCAUCACGAUUUGCCCAGGGUUAGUAAGCACACCGUUGUCUGAACGACCAGAUGGUUUUUUAUUCCCGGAACUGAAAGAUCUAGAAUUUAGUACCGUAAGCUUAGUAGCGCAGGCCCCGGAACGCAUAGGAGAAGGGCUGAUUGAAGCUAUCAAGAAGGGCAAAAGUGGAUCGUUGUGGAUGAUUGAAGAAGAUAAACCCGCGUACGAAGUUGUGGUACCUCACUACAAAACCAUGAAAGUUUAAGUACCUAC